AUGGCGGAGACCGCCCUGUAUGUCUCUAGUGCAGAGGUGCUUUCGAUAUGCCAGUCCAUGAACGACGACCUGGAGGCUAUUCUCCAUCCAGAAACUGGGUUUGCCCCGCGACUGCGCCAAAUAUGCCAUGACCAGCUUUUGGACCUCGAGGAAAACCGCGACGCGCGAACAACUCAGGACGAGCUUGAGCUUCUCCGUCUGGAGCGCGAUACUUGGGGACUAUUGCAAGCAGUCAUGCCUGCCCGCAAAACCGAAACCCCCCCAAUGCCGACGAUACGCGACCUACUCGCAGAAAAUCCUUACACACCCACAUCAACACUGGCACAAGCAGUCCUCCUUGCAUCCCCCCUUCUUUCUGAACUCGUGGCCGUUCGAGAAUGGCUGCAAGACAGUGCUCCAUUGCCCCAACAUCCAGAAGCGACAACAGGCUAUUGGAAGUUCACGAAACACAAUAUCAUGCAGAGCCAGCGGAUGGGUGGUGCCACGAGGGACAAUCUGGUGAAGGAAAUGGACCCCGACGCGGUCAAUAGAGACGACGGGAGAAUGCUUGCGGCAGAUGACGCGAGUCACGAAAAAGGCCUGAGCCAGGCUUUAUAUGGUUACAUCCGUUCUGGGCGGCUAGAGGAGGCCGUCGAGCUAUGCCGAAAUGCUCAUCAGCCAUGGCGCGCCGCGAGUAUACGCGGGUCUUUGUUAUUCCAAUGGAAAGCGAUCUCUAACGAGCAUGACGAGGACGAGGCGAUGGAGGAGGACUUCCCUGACGUCUGGCAAGGCAACCAACGAAGACAGCUAUGGAAGUCAACGUGUACGAAGGCUGCAACUAAUCCCCAUGUACCCGAGCACGACCGAAUCCUCUAUGCAGCGCUCGUUCCGACGCCACAGACAUCCAAUGUUUUGAAGGCUGCUUGUCGGACAUGGGAAGACCAUCUGUGGGCUCAAGUCAGUGUUGUUUGCGAAGAAAAACAGAGCAUGGAGAUGAACAGAGUUGGAGGGAGUUUCUGGGAGGGCGGUUUGGCCGCUGUCGAAAGUGGUGUCCGGGUCAUCUCUGCAGAGACAGAGGAAAUAGAAACUGAGGAAUGGGAGAGGGAAGUACGAGGGUCUCUAGAAGCUCUGAAGAGUGUUGGCGUAAUGGACGGUCCUGGUGCUCAGCAUCCGUUCCAUUAUUCUCAGCUUCAGAUAAUCUUGAACCGAAUCGACCCAUUAAUGGAUAAUUUCGCAACGGGUAUCCAGGAUGGCACUUACUCUCCAGAUUCUUUCGAGUACACAACCAUGUGUCGCUUUCUCGCCCACCUGUGCCUGUUCCUCCAAAUGAUCGACAUUCCAGUCCCGCCACUUGCUACUCAAGUCAUUCUUGAAUCAUAUCUGCAAGUUCUCGAGGCUGCCGGUCAACGAGAUUUGAUCGCCAUGUAUGCUGGUGCUCUAGGCGACAAUGCUGUGGAGCGCUAUGCACUGUUUCUCGUUUCCCUCGAACUAUCUGUCGAUAUUGAUGAGCGGAAGCUCGCGCUUACACGGGCACGUGAGCAUGGACUGGACAUGGACCGCGUUGCUGUGGUCACGGCAGAGCGUACCAUUGACCAAGCCCUCCAAGUGCUUCCUCCUCUCAAGGGACGGCUUCCGUCAAUUAUCGCAUUGCCUCCGCCAGCCACAGACGAGGAAAUGUUCUUGCUUCGUUCCAUCGAAUGGACCAUUUUCGAUGACAAGACAUACGAAACUGCCCUUGAACAGGCGAAUGUCAUCCUUCGCUACUUCUUGGGAUCUGGUCGAGUACAACUCGCCCAGAAGCUCCUCGUUCUCCUUCCCAUCGAGCUCGCAUCCAUCCCCGAACCUGAAGAACGCGCAACUGAAUAUCUCCAUUACCGGCAAUUUUUCGUGAUUUGGGAGACUUUGGAGCGUGUGGUUGACUGUCAGGCACUAGAGACACCUCAAAUGAAUCGGAGUACGAAGGCCGCAUGGUUACAGGACUACCAGGGGUUGAUCGAUCAGGCACAUGACCAGAUUACAAAGCUACUAACAUCAGAUUGGCUGGUUGAUGUCGAUGAAUCAUUAGACCGGCGCCGCCGCGACCUCAUCCGCAUUCGACAAAUAUUCAUACCUGAAUUGAUUAUUCGUUUACACUUUGUGCUGUUUUCGUCGCGGGGCCACUUCCCAGGGAACCUCAAAAGGACUCUGGAUUUGGCGAACAUCGUCGCAGACUCAAGAUACCGACUUUACGAGGACUUUGUCAACGAGGACGGGCGGAGGCUAGGUGACUACCUUGGGGCAGUCCGUCAAACGAUUUUGGGUGGCCUUGAAGGCGGUGGGUCAGAUCCAUUCAGGAUAUUGUCACUGUGA